CUCCGAACGAAAACGGAAUGCCGGAUUGAGUAUAAAUUGAACAGGAGCACUAAACACAGCGGAUAGAAGAAGAUCGAAAACGGAAACGCGUCGACUUAUUCGAAAAUGUUGACUAAUACUCUUCAUCUAUUAUUAUUGAUAGUAGCGACUUUGUGGACGGCAAAUGGCAAACCAGCAGAGCCAAGUGAAUCGGUUAUUUCCGGCCGGGAAUCACGACAGCUGUUCAUGCUUCCCUAUCAUGGACAAUGGGUCGAACCGCCCCAGCAUCACAGCAAUUUCCAGCACGAUUACUAUUAUGACGGUUUGAUGAAUACCAUGGGUCCAGCCACCCAGCAGCGAUUGAUGGAAGCCUUGCUGGCUGUCUCUCAGAGGAAACACCCUAUGCUUCAGGAAUCUGGUUUCGACCCACAUUUGAAUCAAUUCAUGAGCCCUGCUCCUUCCUAUUCCAAGAAUCAAGACGGGAAUGCAGGGCAUUCGGCAACUCAGCAACACGAAUUCAUCCAACUACAACCACGCCCCGAUAUUCAAGCUUUUGUCAAUCAAACAAUUCAAACGGUCAUUCAAGCUGUUGUCCAAGCCAUUCUUGCUCAGAUGAUGGGUUAGUGGGUGCCAUCAUGAUUACCUGAAUUGUUAAAAAAAACAACCGCGAAACCGCAGCAGAAAUGAUUAUUGAUUAUUUGUUCAUUAUUUGGCUUAUUGUGAUGGCAUAUAUAAUACAUCUAUUGGGAUACAAGAAAACUGAUUCAAUUUAGCCAGGGAGAAAUCGAAUUCAAAUGGCCAGAAUUUAAUUGGAAGCCGAACAAAAAUGUCUGUCCGUCUUCAACAAUUUCAUGUUAAUUAACGGUUUUUCACAAUACAUUGGCACAGCAAGU